AUGGCAUUUGGAGCUCCUCGAGGACGUGGUGGUGACCGUGGUGGUCGUGGAGGACGAGGAGGAAGGGGCGGUGCUCGCGGUGGUGGACGCGGUGGCUUCGGCGGACGCGGCGGUGGUGACAGAGGCGGCCGUGGAGGUGGACGAGGAGCCGCAAGGGGCCGUGGUGCUGGACGUGGUGGACGUGGUGGAAAGGCCGGUGCCCGUGGUGGUGCCAAGGUCAUUGUGGAACCCCAUCGUCACGGAGGCGUGUUCGUUGCGCGUGGUGGAAAGGAGGACCUCCUUGUCACCAAAAACAUCACUCCUGGAGAAUCUGUGUACGGCGAGAAGCGCAUAUCUGUCGAGGGACCCUCCACAGGUGAUGAGCCCGCUACCAAAGUUGAAUACCGUGUCUGGAACCCCUUCAGAAGCAAGCUUGCUGCAGGUAUCCUCGGUGGUCUCGAUGACAUCUACAUGAAGCCAGGGUCAAAGGUUCUCUACCUCGGAGCCGCCAGCGGUACCUCCGUCAGUCACGUUGCUGAAAUAGUUGGGCCCACCGGAACCGUUUACGCUGUGGAAUUCUCCCACCGGUCUGGUCGUGAUUUGAUUGGCAUGGCCACUCACCGCACCAACGUUAUUCCAAUUGUCGAGGAUGCCCGUCACCCUCUCCGCUACAGAAUGCUGGUUGGCAUGGUUGAUGUCAUUUUUGCUGAUGUUGCCCAACCUGACCAGGCCCGUAUCGUUGGCCUCAACGCUCAUCUCUUCUUGAAGACUGGCGGUGGUGUUAUUGUCAGUGUCAAAGCCAACUGUAUUGACAGUACCGCCAAACCAGAGGUUGUGUUUGCCAGAGAAGUACAAAAGAUGAGAGACGAGAAGAUAAAACCAAAGGAGCAGCUUACACUUGAACCUUUCGAGCGUGACCAUUGCAUUGUCGCUGGUAUCUACCGAGCAACUUAA